CGAAAUAAUCCCUCUCCCAUAACAAGCAAUCAGUUUCAUACCACCCCACCAACGAAUGGUCCCUUAAGUUGCAUUGGACGAGUUAUUGAUACAUUUGCUUCGUAUGGCUAUUUUGGGCGGGUUCUAGUCGACUCGACCGAUCUUAUCCGCCUUUCUAUCUAUUACCCAGAUCAGUAGAGAGCUGCCUUCGGCCCUCUUUGCUAUCAUAAUAUGACUUCCUCAACUUCUGCCAGUGAGAAACAUGGUAGAACCGCAGAUGAAACCACGCCUCUUCUUUCAUCAUCAGGAGAGGCUUCAGCCACCAAUGACACGGAAUCUGCUUCAAGCGCAUCCAAUGCAGAUGACGAUGACAAGCCAUUGCCAGUCGGCCAAAUCGUACUUCUCUGCUAUGUUCGCCUUCUAGAACCGUUUACUUUCUUCUCGAUAUUUCCAUUCGUCAAUCAGAUGAUAAUGGAGACUGGAACCGUCAAGGAGGCUGAUGUUGGCUUUUACAGCGGGUUGAUAGAAUCUCUGUUUUCUUUUACCCAGAUGCUCUUGAUGAUUCCGUGGGGUAGAGCAGCAGACCGUUUUGGUCGUAAACCAGUGCUCGUGUUCUCCCUUGCGGGGUUGUCUAUCUCCGCAGCGAUGUUCGGUCUCAGCAAGACAAUUUGGCAGAUGGUUCUCGCUAGAUGUGCGGCUGGGAUUUUCUCAGGGACUAUUGUGGCUGUCCGCGCAAUGAUCUCUGAGAACAGCACACCGAAAACCCAAGCUAGGGCAUUCAGCUAUUUCGCAUUUGCUAACAAUUUAGGCAUCUUUCUUGGGCCUCUGAUAGGAGGCGCACUUGUCCAUCCAGAAAAGCAGUACCCAUCGGUGUUUGGCGGGAUCAAAUUUUUCGAGGACAACCCAUAUGCGCUGCCAACGUUUGUCACUGGCGUAAUUGGAGUCAGUGCAUUCUUAGUUUCAAUUUUCUUCAUUAAAGAGACUCUUCAUUUGAAAGGCGAUCCUCAAACUGCAGAAGCAGAGCAGAAGUCCAUCAUAGAACUCCUUAAAUGGCCUGGAGUGGCGAUGGUGCUUUAUGUCUAUUUCCACGUCUUGUUCAUGGGCCUGGGAUACACAGCCAUUCUGCCUGUAUUCUACUUCACCAGUCCCAAACUGGGAGGCUUCGGCUUCCAGCCCUCUCAGAUAUCGCUCUUCAUGGCACUGGCAGGUUUUUCGCAGUCGCUUUGGAUCCUAGUCAUUUUCCCUCCCCUCCACCGCAGGCUCGGAACGGGAAAUCUCUUGCGUAUCUGCACCGUUGCUUUCGCCUUCUUCUUUGCAAUAAACCCUCUCUGCAAUAUGCUCCUUCGCUGGGGAUUCAUCACCGCAUUUUGGGUCGUGGCAAUCACAUCUCUCAGUAUCGGUAGCGGCGUCGCUAUGAUAUACACUUGCAUCCAACUCGCAGUGAACGACAUCUCACCCUCUCACACAACACUCGGUACCUUGAACGCAGUGGCUCUAGCAUUAGGAAGUGGUAUUCGAGCCGUUGCGCCAGCGCUCUUCUCAAGCCUCUUUGCUACUGGUGUUCGAAAGCAGAUUCUCGCUGGGUACCUGCCUUGGUUGAUUCUGAUUAUCCUUGCUUUGUUACUUGCUUUUAUCAUGCGAUGGUUUCCGGAGAAGGCGGAUAAGAGAGUUGAACCGGUGGCUGAUCAAGAGGAAGGGGAAGUGAUAUAGAUAUUGGUCUGACAAUGUAGAAUGUCGUCGAUGAUAGUCGGGUUCUGAGUAUAUACUGUUUGAUAAUAACCCAUUUUUAUAAGAUUGGAUU